GGUCCGUGUUACAGGCAAAAGCAAAGUAGAGCAAGCCACAUGACAUCACUGCAAAACACGUCCUGUAAUCUCUGUUCCUUAUCUUUUUUUAGACCUGUUUCGUUAUCCCCUUUUCUCUGUCUCUGCGCCUCCAUAAAGACAGAGAGCGCAUGGCAGCCACAUUCAGCUUACUGAAACUCCCCAUUCUACCACAAAAGCCACACUAUCCUCAACCCAAACUGCCAGUUCUUUCAAACCCCACAAAGAAAAUUAUCUCCAAUGAAUCAAUUAACCCUCCAAAACUCUUCACAGAAACCAUCGAUAGCCUAAAAUCAGCUUCUCUUCCCCUCACAACGCUUGCAUUGCCCUUCUUCUUGGACACAAAGGAUGCUCUUGCUGUUAAUGGAGAGUUUGGGAUUUUGGAGGGAAGAAGUUUUGCACUUGUACACCCCAUUGUCAUGGGUGGUUUGUUCUUAUACACUUUGUGGGCUGGGUACCUGGGUUGGCAAUGGAGGCGAGUCAGGACCAUCCAGAAUGAGAUUAAUGAGCUCAAGAAACAAGUGAAGCCCACUCCAGUUACCCCAGAAGGGAAACCAGUGGAAGCAGCUCCAUCUCCCGUGGAACUCAAGAUUCAGCAACUCACUGAGGAGAGGAAGGAGUUGCUGAAAGGGUCUUACAGGGAUAGGCACUACAAUGCAGGAUCGAUACUGCUAGGAUUUGGGGUUCUCGAGGCUGUCAGUGGAGGUGUCAACACAUGGUUUAGAACAGGAAAGCUCUUCCCAGGCCCCCAUUUGUUUGCUGGAGCAGCCAUUACAGUGCUAUGGGCUGCAGCUGCAGCGCUAGUGCCGUCAAUGCAGAAAGGGAGUGAGACUGCUAGGAGCCUUCACAUUGCCUUGAAUGCAGUAAAUGUUACACUUUUUAUUUGGCAAAUUCCCACAGGUAUAGAAAUAGUUUUCAAAGUUUUUGAAUUCACCAAUUGGCCUUGAAGGACAGACCUUGCAACAGUGACCACUCUUGCCUGCUCUGUUUAUUCUAUCUGCUUUGUACUUUCUUAUCAUCAACAACUUCAGUUUUCUUCUCUGGUCCUGUCUUUCUCCCCAUUGUAAUACCAGCAAAUAACUUGACAAUUAAGUAUAUAAUGAAUUACAUCGGCGCAAUUAUGAUUCUUGUUUUUGGAUCUGUAA